AUGAGCACCAUCCAUACUGUAGCCAAGAUCGUCGGUCUUACAUCUGCAGCCUGGCUAUCCGGCAACAUCUCAGCACUCUCCUUGAUCUCCCUCCCCGCCAUCGCCAACGUCAAGCAAGACUCAACGCUCUCCAAUGCCCAUGCAGUCAAACUCUGGGAACAAACCUUCCAACGAGGAGGAUCACAAAACCCUCCCAUCGCACUAAGUGGAGCAAUCUCUCUCGGCUUCCUCGCCUGGUCACUUCGCAGCCUUCGCACGGUUACUGCAGUGGGGUUGAGAUCUAGCCCUCUAUUUGCCAUUGCGGCGGUAUCGACGAUGGCUAUUGUGCCGUUUACUAUUGUCUUUUUGAACCCUACGAACAACAAAUUGUUGGUAUAUGCUGCAAAGGCCAAGAAGGAUGAGCUUUCGGUGACCGAAACAGAGGAUGUGGAUGCGUUGUUGGAGAAGUGGACUUUUCUCAAUCGUGUUAGAGGAUUCCUUCCUCUGGCUGGAGCUGUGGCCGCUAGUAUUGCCGUCAUUGCUUGA